UCAGUCUCAAUAUCAGUUUUGGUUUCAGUUGCUUUACAUCAAUGCAAAACUUGAAGAAGUCAAAUUUAUAACAAAUUUUCUGAACUAUUUUUUUUUUAAAGUAAUUUUAGUUUUCGUUUUGCAAUUUUGUCGCUCCUAACAUGAGUACCUCAAUGUCGUGUGUGCAGCUAGAGAAUUUGAAGCGAGUCACCAAAUUAAUUGGAGAGUACGAGCAACUUAUCUCGAAGCAGACGUCAUUGCCAUCGGGAGUGCCUAACCCGAAGGCCAAGGUGUUGCUGAUGGACCCGAUGGAAGAGACAUUGGCCAAGGGAAAUGGCAGCGAAAUCAAGGAAGUGCACGAAUCAGAUGUGCCGCAGCUGAAGGAGCUGGCGAAAAAACAGGAGCACCACCAGAAGCACCAGCAGGAGCACCAGAAGGAGCACCAGAAGGAGCAAAAAAAGGAGCACCAGCAGGAGCACCAGAAGGAGCUACAACAGAAGCAGCUGCAGGACCAACUGCAAGAGCAACAGCAGGAGUACCAGCAGGAGAAUCAGAAGGAGCACCAGAAGGAGCACCAGAAGGAGCACCAGAAGGAGCACCAGAAGGAGCACCAGAAGGAGCACCAGAAGGAGCACCAGAAGGAGUACCAGCAGGAGAAUCAGAAGGAGCACCAGAAGGAGCACCAGAAGGAGCACCAGCAGGAGCACCAGAAGGAGUACCAGCAGGAGAAUCAGAAGGAGCACCAGAAGGAGGACCAGAAGGAGCACCAGAAGGAGCAACAGCAGGAGCACCAGCAGGAGCACCAGAAGGAGCACCAGCAGGAGCACCAGAAGGAGUACCAGCAGGAGAAUCAGAAGGAGCACCAGAAGGAGCACCAGAAGGAGCACCAGAAGGAGCACCAGAAGGAGCACCAGAAGGAGCACCAGCAGGAGCACCAGAAGGAGUACCAGCAGGAGAAUCAGAAGGAGCACCAGAAGGAGCAACAGCAGGAGAAUCAGAAGGAGGACCAGAAGGAGCACCAGAAGGAGCAACAGCAGGAGCACCAGCAGGAGCACCAGAAGGAGCAUCAGCAGGAGCACCAGAAGGAGCAACAGCAGGAGCACCAGCAGGACCAACUGCAGGACCAACUGCAGGACCAACUGCAGGAUAACCAGCAGGAGAAUCAGCAGGACAAUCAGAAGGAGCACCAACAGAAGCAAGAAGAGGAGCACCAGCAGGAGUACCAGCAGGAGAAUCAGAAGGAACACCAGAAGGAGCAACCGCAGGACCAACUGCAGGAGCAACAGCAGGAGUACCAGCAGGAGAAUCAGAAGGAGCACCAGCAGGAGCACCAACAGAAGCAAGAAGAGGAGCACCAGCAGGAGUACCAGAAGAAGAAUCAGAAGGAGCACCAGCAGGAGCACCAGAAGGAGCACCAGCAGGAGCAACCGCAGGACCAACUGCAGGAGCAACAGCAGGAGUACCAGCAGGAGAAUCAGCAGGAGAAUCAGAAGGAGCACCAGCAGGAGCACCAACAGAAGCAAGAACAGGAGCACCAGCAGGAGUACCAGCAGGGGAAUCAGAAGGAGCACCAGCAGGAGUACCAGCAGGAGAAUCAGAAGGAGCACCAGCAGGAGCACCAGCAGGAGCACCAGCAAGAGCAAGAGCAGGAAGCAACGAUUUUGGAGGAAGAAGACGAUGUAAUGGAACUUGUGGAAGUAAAACUGGAGAGCCAGGUGGAGAAGAAGAAACGCUUUUGCCUGCACACUCUUUGCAUUCGUUUGUGUGAUGUCCUGCUCAGUGCGCUUAACUUAUUUGUCGUGUACCCGUUUAACGUCAUAUUUCCAUGGAAAUUGUCAAGAAAUCACAACCAUCAGCAAACGGGCCAAACUAUUGAAGAAAUGGAAGAUUCCAUGAGGGAGAACAUCGUAUCCGGAGAGCGACUAAAUGCAAUUGAACGAUCCGAAAACUCAUUCGAAAACAAAGCGAAGCAGGACCCGAUGAAUCCAAUUAGCAGAGACAUCUACCACUAUGAAGAGCACAGGACUUUAACUAUUGCACAGACCAUAGCCGCGGCCCACCCUUAUCCCGAUGCUGCUGAAAUCGAACCUUGAAAUAGAAUUGCAGGGAGUGCACCUGACCCCAGACCUAGCUGCAACCCCAAAUCAAGAUUGUGAAUGGCACUAAAAACGGCAACGUAUCCUUCUGUUUUUCCAAAUUUAAGUCGAUUUUUACCUUGUUUUAAAAAAAAUUCAAAUAUUGAAAACGAGAAAACGCUCGGAAAAUUGA